GGAGGUGGACACAAUUCAGAAUGAUGGCGGAUACGGGAAGCGACGAAGUAGCGGUGAUUGGAAAUAUCGACCUCACUCCUGGGGAGAUAGAAAACAACAUGAAAAACACGAUGGGUGAAAAGGGCACUGUACUUUUCAGGAAGAUGGAGAUCAAUGUAGCAGAAGCAGAGAAGAGAACAGUGAAGAAUGCUGUGAACAUGCAGGAGAUCUACACUGUUUACCUCAUCGAGACACGCCCAGCAGAUGCUGCCUCUGAGGGGACCAACUCCACUCCAGAUUCCCUGUGGAGACGCUACAGCGAAUUUGAGAUUCUUCGCAAUUUCUUACUAGUCACCUACCCCUACGUGGUUGUCCCUCCUCUCCCAGAGAAGCGAGCGGAGUUUGUGUGGCACAAGCUGUCAGCAGAUAACAUGGACCCGGACUUUGUGGAGAGGCGCCGUGUCGGCCUGGAGAACUUCCUGCUCCGAGUGGCAUCCCAUCCCAUCCUGUCCACCGACAAGAUCUUCUUCGCCUUCCUCACUGAGGAAAACGGCUGGAAGGAAAUGGUGUUUGAGACAGGAUUCCAGGCAAAGGCGGAUUCAAGGCUGAAGGCUCUGAAUGCGACGUUCCGGGUGAAAAACCCAGAUAAGAGGUUUGCUGAAAUGAAACACUAUGGCGAUGAGUUGCAGUCUGUCAUCUCCCAGCUGCUGCGAGUUCGAGCAAGGGUAGCUGACCGCCUCUACGGAGUAUACAAAGUGCACGGGAAUUACGGCAGAGUCUUCAGUGAGUGGAGUGCCAUAGAGAAAGAGAUGGGGGAUGGACUACAGAGUGCUGGCCAUCACAUGGAUGCCUAUGCAGCAUCAGUGGAUGACAUCCUGGAAGAGGAGGAACACUAUGCAGACCAACUGAAAGAGUACCUCUUCUACACUGAGGCUUUGAGGGCGGUGUGCAGGAAGCACGAGCUGAUUCAGUACGAGCUGGAGAUGGCGGCGCAGGACCUCACCACUAAGAAGCAGCAGCAGGAGGAGCUGGCCACUGGGACGGUGCGCACCUUCUCGCUGAAGGGGAUGACCAGUAAGCUCUUUGGCCAGGAGACCCCCGAGCAGAGAGAGGCCAAGAUGAAAGUUCUGGAAGGGCAGAUUCAGGAGGGCGAGGAUUCCCUCAAAGAGCAGAACACAGAGUGCGAUGUGUUUGUAAAGGGUGCCUGGUCAGAUAUUGAGAGGUUUAAGGAUCAGAAGAACCAUGAUCUGAAGGAGGCUUUGAUCAGCUAUGCCAUCAUGCAGAUCAGCAUGUGCAAAAAGGGAAUACAAGUGUGGACCAAUGCAAAAGAGUGCUUCAACAAAAUGUGAUGAUUGAUCGCAUGUCACAUUCCAGACCAGACUGGUCAGAUAACAGCCCAUCUCACCUGUGUCCUCAGAACUGCCAUGGUGAUUGGCACCCAGAUCCACUACCUGGGACCUCCACACCACAUUACAGCACCUGUGCUCAGAGCAUGAGUGCAUUUCCUAAUGUUACACACUACCAAUGAGAAUCAUUUUGAAGCAAAAAAUCCAUUGUUGUAUUUAUUGUCUGCCAAGCUGUCUGUGGCCUUAAUUUAACCAGAUGCCUUAGUAGUCACCCAUGCCGAUUCAUUUAAUGGCCUCUUUAAAGUGCUUUUACAAGAUUUCUUUUGCCAAACAUCAAGGACUUGAUUUGUCAAGGACAGCUGCCUGAAGUGGACUGAUUUUUGUUUCUAGAUUUUUAUGAAGUUUUCAGAAUUGUCAUUCAACUGUUGGGUGAGGGUAUCAUGAUGUCAUGCUUUCAUCAUUCCUUUUUUGAUGUUUUAUUAUACAAUCUUUUUCAAUCAAUUUUCCUAAUCUUUACCAUUUUUCUGUCAUUGGCAACACUGAGACACACCUGUAGUUGUAAGUGUUAGCAAUGAUUGCCUUGCUUUGCCUGGAACACUCUGCAUAAAGAUAACAGUUUGGUGAAAUUCCACUCAACACUAUACCCUGUGCAUUUUUUUUUCUGUUUAUCACCUCAUCUCCCCGUUGAAACAAGACCGGGGUGUAAAGUGAUCUUAAUCACCUGUACAGAGGAGUCGAUGUUCAGUCUCUGAUUUCCUGAGAAAACAGUUGGAUCUGUGCAGGAAGCAAGGGUUAAGUCUUCAUACACGCCAUCACAGAGAGAGUGCUGCGAAGCCGGACCACACUCCCUUAACAAACACCCCUGCCUAAGCCUUCCUGAAGGCGAAGGUGUCGGUUCCAUCCUCACCCACCGUCAAAACAGAAUAUACCGGCUUGGCAUUCGUCAUUAGUUUUCAGUGCUUUUUGAGUACUCUUUGACCAGUUUUUGUGCCAAUACAUACACACUUUUGUAACCACACACUCACUUUUAUAUGGCUUCAUUAAAAUGAAAAUAUUUAAACUUG